UUUCUCUUCUCCCCGUUCAUGUCAGGCCGGCCGGCCGGCCCCCACCCUACUCUCCUCUCCUGCACACCCAGCCUGACGCCCCCAAUAUUCCCUGUCUCCCAAGCUGUCCUGCCCGCUUGCCUGCGCUGUCCUCCUCCCUCCUCCCUGCAGGAUCACCAAUGACUGCAGGUGCAGUGCAGGACACCACCACCAAACCACGGCACCAUUUCUUUCUUCCCAUAUAACCAUCAGGAGCUCGAAGGCUCAGGGGUCGGUCGGUUCUUGCCUUCUUGGGCACUGAAAGCACAAGCCAAGCAGGUGCAGAGGGAGAGGGAGGGGAGGGGAGGAGGCAAUGGCGACUUCCUUUCAGGGGACGACGACCAAGUGCACGGCGUGCGACAAGACGGUGUACCUGGUCGACAAGCUCACCGCCGACAACCGGGUCUACCACAAGGCCUGCUUCAGGUGCCACCAUUGCAAGGGCACCCUCAAGCUCGCGAAUUACAACUCCUUUGAAGGGGUGCUCUACUGCAGGCCUCACUUUGAUCAGCUGUUCAAGAGGACUGGAAGCUUGGACAAGAGCUUCGAAGGAACUCCAAAGGUUGUCAAGCCAGAAAAAACAGUUGAGAAUGAGAAUGCUAUGAAAGUCUCGAGCGCAUUUGCUGGCACGAGAGAGAAAUGUGUGGGAUGCAACAAGACAGUCUAUCCAAUUGAAAGGGUUACUGUCAAUAACACCAUGUAUCACAAAAGCUGCUUCAAGUGCUGCCAUGGAGGAUGCACCAUCAGCCCAUCUAAUUACAUCGCACACGAGGGAAAGCUCUACUGCAAGCACCACCACAUUCAGUUGAUCAAAGAGAAGGGAAACUUCAGCCAACUUGAGAAUGAUCAUGAGAAGGCAUCACAAUCUGGAUCUGUAGAGGAUGAAGAUUCAGAAUAUUAGUCCUUUGAGAAAUUUCCAGAGAUAAAUAAUGGUCUUCUUGCGUUUGCUCCAGAGCACCAUGCCUUUCUUUGUGCGGUUCUUUGCGGUUUUUUCCUGAUGAAGGUCAUGUGCAUUCAGAGAACAAUAAUAUUAUUGUCUUGUAUCUGCAUGUAAAACCUUGUUAUAUUGGAGUCAGAGCAUUUAUCUGGUUUGAACCUUU